UCGAAGUGACUGAAGUACAGCAAUGGAGCAGCACCCAAUGAUGCUAAGAGACAUGACAGCCAGUGCGACUACGGCAAGUGGCUCAGGCAAGCCUGCCCUGCCAAGGGAACGGCGUGAUUCAAUCGCUGGUCCGAACCCAAUGGGAGUCGUCCGACCAAAGGACAAGAAGGGUUCCAUUGACUAUUCUUCGUCAGGCUUCGAAAGCGCCAGUGACAUCACCAGCACUCACAGCAACGAGUUUCGCUACCGGUUACCAAGUUUCAACAGAGAGAUCAGGAACCACAGACGCCCGUCACUGAUUAGUUCCAGUACGGUCGAUAGCGCACGUGCGAUGCGGAAAAUAUCGAAGGCUUCGAUCGCCGGUCACGGUGCAAUUUAUGACUGUGCAAAGGCCACGGAGGCGUUCAAGAAAAGUUCCUCGGAGUAUUCGACGUCAGGGGUAGACACGACAAGUCUCAUGUCGGAUACGAUCAGCCCAGGCUUCAACGUGCUCUAUAGAUAUGACCAAGAAUUGGAAAAAUACGUGCCGGAUGAUGACUGGAUGAUGGGUGACCCGGAUGGAGCCAAGAUCUACCUCAACGUUGGAGGCGUCCGUCACGAAACCUACCUCGCCACGCUCAAGAAUGUCGAGGGGACAAGAUUGGCCAAACUUGCCGAGUUCCAUGAAAAGGCCCUCAACAAUGGCGUUGCCAGGGAGGGCGAAUACUUCUUUGACCGACAUCCCGGGGUCUUCCAAACCAUACUUGACUUCUAUAGAACAAAUGAACUCCAUUGUCCACUAGAUGUCUGCGGCGGCGUCGUGAGGCGAGAACUAAAGUGGUGGGGAAUAGACGAGGGCUGCUUCAAAACUUGCUGUGUCACCCAGUUCUCCAGCUUCACGGACAAUGAACCCCUGCUCAACAGACUCCGGUCGCAGUUAGAGGCGGGCCCGGCGCCUUUCGGGGCAUGGGUCUCCGAUAUUGCCAAGGAUGCGAAUGUCAGGGUCAGGAUAUGGACGGCGUUGAAUACACCGAGGUCAUCUUUGCCAGCAAUGAUAUACGCCAUAUCGGCAAUGCUGGUGGUCAUCACCUCGAUGAUUGGCUACUGCCUAGAGACGGUCGAGAAGUUCCAGGAAAUUGAAAACGUCACGUGCAUCGUGGACGGAAUUGCUCAAAGUCGCAUCAUACACUCGAGGCUGGUGCCUUUAGAAUGGGUAGACGUUGCCUGCAGUAUAUUCAUUACCUUAGAACUUAUCAUCAAGUUGAUUUGUGCCCCGGUUAAACUCAGGUUCCUGAAGAGUAUGAUGACUAUAUUGGACAUUCUCUCGCUCAUUCCUUCCUUGGUUCACAUGAUCAUGUUCUGGCCUCAUAUCCACUGCAACGUCGGCCUGACGACCUUCGUCAAUGUCACCAUGAUGUUUAGAGUGCUGCGGGUGUUCCGUAUCGUGUACUACAUGCGCCAUUACGGUCCGUUCAGAGUGAUGUUAUACUCCAUCAAGAGCGCCAUGAACGCUAUGGUCAUGUUGGUUGUCUUCAUGGCGGUCUCCGUCAUCUUUUUCGGUGCCCUCGUGUUCUACGCAGAGCGGGUCAGCACCCAUGAAACAGAGUCUGAUAACGAUUUCCGUGAUCUUACUUCAGGUUUUUGGUGGGCUAUAGUUACCUUGACAACCGUCGGAUACGGUGAUUUGAUCGUACGGACGUCACUAGGGUACGCCACCGGUGCUGUUGCAGCUGUCAGCGGUCUUGUCAUGCUGGCCUUCGUUGUUCCAAUCAUAUCAAACCAGUUUACCAUGUUAUAUAACUUUGACAUUGCCAUGAAGAAUGUCCAUCAACACUGUCAGGUCAAGCGAAGAAAACGUAACCUAAGUACCAGCUUUACGUUCAGGGAAAUGCGGCGGAGCAGUUUCCGGUCAGGGCGAACGCGAAGUGCCGAGAGGUCAAAAGAACCGAUGACCGACAACCCCGCAUCAGGCAGAAGACGCAAAGCAUUCCCUGAUGCUGAUCACGCGCCCACCUACUCGGACAUCGACGUCCCUGCCGCGGAGUUUGAACAGUGUCUCCAGAACUCUCCUGGGGCCAGAAAACGCCUUGAAAGCACGCCACAGUCCCAGGGCGGCUACGAAAGCGACCAGUCAAGUUUGAUUACAGAUAAGUCAAAGUUCAGAGGUCGCGCCAACACCACAGACUCCUCCUCGUCCAAAAAACCGGAUGUUGCAAAUGGCGAACCAGGAAUACGACGACAGUCAACUGGUGUGGUUGCGCGUUUGAAUAAUAAUGAUGGUGGAGUUGAAAAUUCUGCUAUAGGGACGGGGUCAAAUGAGUCAAAUGUAGACCUGGAACUAAAGAUGGCGGCUGAUAAGAAGAAAGCUUGCUCAAUCGCGUGGUCUCAAACUGAUGGUGAAGAGCAAGAACGAGACCGUCUGAUGGACGAUGCAUGACUGUUUGCACAAGCGUACUCAUAAAAUUGUUCAGAUUCAGGUGUUCAAAAGGUAACAAUGCAAUGUAAUGUACAUGUUGAUUUUAAUUUGGGUUGGCUAUCAGAAAACAGUAAACGCUGCUUUUAAUCUAUCCGGACAGUUUUUUUAGCUUUGCCCACAGAUUUCUACUACAGGUGCCCACAGAUAUUUGGAUAUUGGAAAACUAUGGAUUACAAAACUGUGGAUUGGACUGGGAAAGUCUGGACUGAGAGUCAUCGCUCUCCACCGCCUCUGUGCUGUCAACAUUAUGAUAUCCGAGUGGGAAUUGGGAUUGGCAUGCAGAAGGGUUACCAAGUGUGAGGUUUAGGUCCAAGGGCAAGACACUUGGCAGACAGGUCACGAAGGUAGAGGUGUGGGUCCUUGGGCAAGACACUUGGCAUGCAGAAGGGUCACCGAGUGUGAGGUGUAGGUCCUUGGGCAACGUACUUGGCAGAAAGGUAACGAAAUGUGAUGUAUGGGUCGGCCUUUGGCUAGACAAGGAACAAGAAGGUGUGUUAAAAGUUAUAAAAAUUGGUAGCCAUAUUGGAUUUUGGCAUUACGUAAUCAUUUAUCAGGCAUAAUCGAUUGUGUUAUUAAAGGGGGAGUAUAGGCAGGCGCAGCGGGUUAGAAUUGGCCAUCUUCGGGUGACUUAUAUACAGUAUGGCCACUGGGUCAUGUUUGAUUCACCACGAAAUAUAUUCCUCGUCCAAGUGUGAAUAGUUUUGAAGUACUUUGAAGUAGGAGAGACCUCUAUUAGCGACUUUGUUUAACUUUAACUUACCUACCAAGCUGCUGCCAAUAGAGUCUCUUUAAGGGGGGCGCGUAUCUUUUUUCACAGAGUUCAUGUUCUUGAGUUUCUGCCACUUUUUCUGGUUCCAUGAUGCUCCUGUUUCGUCAACUUUGAGAACCGAUGGGGUAUUGGGAGAUGAGCUGGGAUAGGGCCUCAGUUCAUUAAUUUCAGGCGGUGGAGAGUGAUGACUGUCAGUCCAGAAUCUCCCAGUCCAAUCCAUAGUUUUGGGGCCAGAAUGAUGUAUUUGUAGGGUAUGAUAGUAUCUCCGACACAGUUGAUGUAGCUAUACAACUACACAACGGCCACUCAUGUUGAACUGCCCAUGCAUAUGAAAACCUCUCCAUCGCCAUUUUUUACUUACAAACAUCAUUUACGUUGUAAAUAGUCCAUUUACGUUGUACCCUCAGUUCUUUAAUGCAACGAAUUCAUUUCAAAUAUUGUUAGUUUUUCAUAGUUAAAUACAAAACUUUUUAAAAUAA